AUGAGGCUUAGAUUAUUACAAGUUGAACUUUCACAUUGUAAACUAUUUGAUCGAAAAAAGCAAGUCAUGGGUUUAACUAUUUCAUCCGUAUUCCAGCGUUUAUUUGGAAAAAAACAAAUGAGAAUUUUAAUGGUCGGGCUUGAUGCUGCUGGUAAAACGACAAUUUUAUAUAAAUUAAAGUUAGGAGAAAUAGUUACAACAAUUCCAACCAUUGGUUUUAAUGUUGAAACAGUCGAAUAUAAAAAUAUUAGUUUUACCGUAUGGGAUGUUGGCGGACAAGACAAAAUUCGACCAUUAUGGAGACAUUAUUUUCAAAACACACAAGGCCUGAUAUUUGUUGUUGAUAGUAACGAUCGUGAACGAGUUGGUGAAGCACGUGAUGAACUUCAACGUAUGAUAGCUGAAGAUGAAUUAAGAGAAGCCGUUUUAUUAAUAUUUGCAAACAAACAAGAUUUACCAAAUGCAAUGAAUGCAGCUGAAAUAACUGAUAAACUUGGUUUACAUUCUUUACGUAAUCGUAACUGGUAUAUACAAGCGACUUGUGCAACAAGUGGUGAUGGACUAUAUGAAGGUUUAGAAUGGCUUUCAAAUCAAUUGAAAAAUGUCAAAUAA